CGGCAAGUGGAACAACCAGCACUUUCAUCACGUACUGUAUCCUUGAGGUGGCCCGCUGGCUGAUCAGAUGGAAGAGUCAGCGAAGAAGUAUUUGAAAAUCACAUCAUACCCAUCAUCGACAAGUGCUUGGAUAAGACCAUCAGCCAUUGAUGGGCAGUGGUCUCUCACAGUUGCCUCAGAAGUACGCAACCCAAUUGAAGAGAGGAAAAUCACCCAGUCCACUACCUUCAUAUUGAGAAAGACAGAAUCUAUUCGUCUUGAGGGACGAUUGCAGGGAUCUGUUCGAGUCACCAAUGAGUGCUCAGAGUGCCCACCAUCAUUCUGUGUACAGGCACAUGACUUUGGUCGACACUCAGACACUGCAUGGUUCACACUUUUCUGCAACAGGAACAAAACUUUUGGUUCUCUCGUCUGGUCACACAAUGAAAGAAAACUUGCCUAUGUUGCGGAGGAGAAGUUUUGCAAGUCUCCCAGCUUCUUCAAUCAGGGGGCAUCUGAGUCUGGCUCUCAAGCAAAAAAAGGAGAAGGGAAUGCAUGGCGAGAGUCAUGGGGAGAGCUACUCACAAAGACCUCUGCCACAGUUGUGUCUGUAAUUGAUACAGAUACUGAUGAAGUCCUCAUUCUUGACUGGAUUCCAGAAAGUGACUCUCCAAGUCAGAUAGCAUGGGCACCUGAUGAUUCUGGCAUUAUUGGUGUAGCCUACAAGAAACAUCCUUUUAGGCUUGGAGUAGUGUAUUGCACCAACCGAGCAUCUCAGAUUUUCUUUGCAUCACUUUCUGACAAAGGAUACCGAUACCUGAGCCAUGAAAAUCGCAGUGUUCGAGAACCAAGGUUCUCUCCAUCUGGAGAUAAACUGAUCUUUCUGGAAUGUGAAGUGGGUGGACCUCAUGCUCAGACAAGUACCCUUGCAUCAGUUGAGUGGUCCUCUGGCAAGUGGUCCUGUCUUGUACCUCUUGUAUAUGAAUCAUCAGGAGACUUUUCUGGUGUUAAUGGGAAUGCCACCCUUCUUCCAUUGGAAUGUUUUUCUUCUGAUGGUCAUUACCUGGUGUUCAACUCUGUUCAUCAGUGUGCCUGGAAAAUUUUCCUUCUGGAUAUGGUAACUCUGAAGCUGUCAUGCAUCAGUCCAGAGCUUGAUGAUAGCUAUUAUUGCAUGGGAUUCAAUUAUGACAUCCUUGUUGCAAAAGUGUCAAACCUUCUCAAUCCAAAUGGAAUCAGUGCUGCCCUCUGGCAGGGACACCUAGAUCUCAAGUGGGAGGUGCUCUCAGAGAUGAGAAGAUGUGAACCUGUGCCUACUGGAAGUUCUGUAAGGAUGCUUCUCUCACUUCCUGCUUCCAGUAUAUUUGGCAAAGGAGAAGAGAAAAAUUUUCAUGCCAUCCUUACUUGUCUUCCAAAGUCAGGAAGUAUGAAGUACCCUUUGGUUCUCUUCCCCCAUGGAGGUCCUCACAGUGUUUUUACCAAUGAGUUCAGCUCUCAUGUUGCAAUGUUCACUGCUUGUGGUUAUGCUGUUUUACUGGUGAAUUAUCGAGGAUCAUUGGGAACUGGUGAGGCAGGUGUACGUUCACUCCCUGGAAGAGUUGGAGUGCAAGAUGUGAAGGACUGUUAUGAUGCACUCCUCCAUGUUCUUAAAUCUGAAGACUUUCCUGUUGAUAAGGAAAAACUAUUUCUGUAUGGAGGUUCCCAUGGUGGCUUUCUUGUGGCUCACCUAGCUGGACAAUAUCCUAAUACCUUCCGAGCAGCCUGUGUCCGAAAUCCUGUUACAAACAUAGCAACAAUGACUGAUGCAACAGAUAUCCCAGACUGGGGAUUUGUAGAGGCUGGCAUGCUGUAUGAGCCUGGGAAGUAUGGAGAUCCAGAAAUGAUGAAAGUGAUGUUCCAGUGCUCUCCAGUGUCUGUGAUUGAUCAUGUGAAGAUUCCUGUGCUUCUCUUGGUUGGGGAUGAAGAUAGUCGAGUCCCUCCCAGUCAAACUUACAGCUAUCACCGGGCUCUCUUGUCACGUGGUGUCAAAACCAAGUUGUACAACUAUCCAGACAACCAUGCAUUGAUGAAGCCCUCUGUGGAUGGAGAUGUCAUCAUGCAUGUCAUUGGAUGGUUCCAUGAUGCCAUGCUCUCCUGAAGUGGACAUUCAGUCAUGCUGAAGCCAGAUUGAACAAAAACUGAGAUGAAUCUCCAGUAUCUUUAUUGUUUUUUUUCUGUGCAUCUUUUGCCAUUAGCAACCACUUUUUUUUAUUUAUAGCAAUCUCAUCUGACUCACUUAACGUCAGUAGUGAAGUUGAGCAGAAGUUUUUUUUUUCCAUCUGAAGAAAGAAUGAAGCAUUUAAGGGUCUUGGGGAGCAUUUAAGUCCUUCAGCUGUGAAAUUGUGCAAUGAUGGAGAGUUGUUGAAAAAAAAAGAACUUGUUCGAGGAAAAGUUUCUCCUUUUUUUGCUUCAUUUUGUGUAAUGGUAGAGGACUCCUGGUGGAGCCAGUAGGUUCUCUGCGAUUCCUGCAGUCAUUUGCCAACUAUUCUUUUUUUUUCAUAUUGUUUUAAUCCCCUACUUUUCAUAUGUCCAUCCCUGCUUCAUGUCCAAUAAUUAUUUUGGAAAGUGAAUUUUGGUAUAACAUAUAUAAGUUCUUCAAACAGUUUUUGGUAUUUUUCAUUUAAAAUCUGGACAUUCACUUCUUGGCCACCCCUUUUUUCUAGGAUGGGCAAGAAAUUGAGUUCACUUUUGUUUUAUUACUUUACUCAAUAAAUAAAUAUAUAAAUUUCAAGUUUAACCUGAAUGUAACACCACAUCUAACAUUUACAAUGCAUCACCUCACAAGGACAGACACUUGGCCAUUCAAUUUGUUAAAGCCCGUUUUCAAAAUAUCCCAUGAGGUUUUCACAAACCUCUACUACUUCUCAGCACUAAGGUUUUUCCAAACCUGUAUGAAGGAGUUCAAGAUAUUGGCCUUCACUUUUGUUUUGCCAACAGCCUAAAAUUAUCUGAUUGAUUGGGCUCAAGGGCAAUUAGGGGGAAUUAUUUCUUUGAUUAUAAAUUUGAUACCAUGGAACUUGAACCAAACCAGGACCACUUUAGCAGUUUUGAAUCCAGUCAUUUUUCAAUUCCCUUUGUAUCAAAAGGUAUUAUCAAUCCAGAAGUGUACCUAUACUGAAGUCCUAAGAAGAUUGUCUUCUCUUUAUUCAAGAAUAUCAAAACAAGAUGCAGGGCCACCUUCUUGUCAUGCAAAAGGAUUUGAAAAAAAAAUCCCAGUUAUCAAAUUUGUGAUCCAAGACCCUCAAGCAAUUUUGGGCAAUUUGCAAAGACAAAUGUUAAGAAAGUAAGGUGAAGGCCUAGAACCUGAGCUCCUACAAGCAAAUUUGGUGAAAUUUGUCCCAAUAAGUAGUAGAGAUGUGCAAAAACCUCAUGGGGUGUCACUUUGAAACCAGCUGGAGAGAAUUUGACAUCAAGGCAUCAUGUUAUUGUGAAGUGAUGCAUUGUAAAUAUGAGAAAUGGUGUUAAAUUAUGUUAAUGAUGUUAAAUCUGAUUAAAUUUGAA